GAUCCUUACUCCUCCGUAGGGUUGAGCUCUCGGUGCCGUGGCUUAUGGAGUGAGUGUGUCUACGAUAAUAUGGCCAAUAUUUGGACCUGUGAUAUUCCCAUUUCCUAUCUUAGUGAGCACCCAGUGGUGCUUGUGGUCACCCGUGCGCUGGUCAUCGUAAAUGGCAUCCUAAGCAUUGCUGCUAUACCAGUACUGGUCCUGGGAAUGAAGUGCACCAGUAGUGUCCAUAAGGAAGGUGACCACAAGAUGUGGCUCUCUAGAGCUGCUGGAGUAAUGCUGCUUUUAGGUGGUGUUUCUGGAGGAGUCGCAGUUUUCUGGUUUGCUAUCGACACAACAUUAAAAUACAGAACAGAGGUGGUUCUGGCAGUUCCAGGGAUUACAUAUGAACUGGGGUAUUCCUACUGGUUUGCAGCCGCUUCAGCCGCAUUCACCAGUAUUCCAGCUUUACUCAUUAUUUGUGUAAACUGUAGAACAAAGAUGAGGGCAAAACCCAGUGGUGCCACCUCAUGUCGAAGCCCCAGCAAAGCUAUAACCUAUCUAUAACUAUGUGCCUCGCUUCUCCAAAGCUAUGGUCAGAUAUGUGUAAAUGUGUUAGACCCGGCAUAGAGCUGGUGGAAAUAUCUUGACUUUCCUAUGUAA